AUGAGAGAACAUCCUGGGAACUGCUGUGACAUCAACGACAGUGUGACGCGUGUGGCCUGGUUAAACGGUUCCAGCAUCCUGUAUGCCGGGCAGGACAAGUGGUCGACGGACGGCCGUGUGCGCCUGGCUGGCCACAGCACCAGACACUACCAAAUUGAAAUCUCGCCCGUCUCCAUCUAUGAUGAGGGCCUGUACACCUGCUCCUUCCAGACACAGGACCAGCCUCACACUCUGCAGGUCUACCUGAUCGUCCAAGUGCCUGCACGCAUUGUGAACAUUUCCUCGGAUUUGAGCCUGAAUGAAGGAGAAAGCGUAGCCCUUCUUUGCUUGGCUGUCGGGCGGCCGGAACCCGUAGUCACCUGGAGAAAAGUGGGAUCAAACAUUACAAUAUCCCAGCCCCCGUACCUACCCACAGACCCGUCAAUAUCCCAGUCCCCCAACAUUAACCACUCACCUGUCCCUCCGGGAUGUUGCCUGUGGCUAGAGAUGACACAAAAGAAAGUAGCCAAGUGCCCAGCCAUCUCGCCUAUUGUCUCCUUCAAUAACCUGAG